AGGUGCUAAUAUAUAGCCUAUUAGUCCCUAUUACCUAGUCUACCAAACCCAUAUAGUGAAAUUCCAUGAGGAGCAUAUAUAAAAGCAUAUGAACAUGUACCAUGUUACACACACUUCUUCAAUUUCUUUGAUCUUGAACACCACUGGAACAUUGGCUAUGUCAAAAACUACAAAGAAAGAUGAAGAAAAUGAGCUGAGAAGAGGACCAUGGACACUUGAAGAAGAUAGUUUACUAAUACACUAUAUUGCUCGUCAUGGUGAAGGUCGUUGGAACAUGUUAGCCAAAAGUGCAGGAUUGAAGAGGACUGGAAAAAGCUGCAGACUCAGAUGGUUGAAUUACUUGAAACCUGACAUUAAAAGAGGGAAUCUUACUCCUCAAGAACAGUUGUUGAUCCUUGAACUUCAUUCCAAGUGGGGUAAUAGGUGGUCGAAAAUUGCGCAACAUCUACCGGGAAGAACCGAUAAUGAGAUAAAGAACUAUUGGCGAACAAGGGUCCAAAAACAAGCGCGCCAACUCAACAUCGAAUCCGGUAGCAAGAGAUUCAUUGAUGCUGUGAAGUGUUUUUGGAUGCCAAGAUUACUUCAAAAAAUGGAACAGAACAACAACUCAUCUCCAAUCUCUGAUCAUUCUUCUAUCACAAACAUGAACAAUUUCGGAAACUCUAUUGAAGCUUCAACUAGUAACUCAAUCUCAACAAGCUUCAAUGUUCCUUCACAAAGAGGAUUCAUAGAUGCUUCAAGUGGAAAUCAUGUGUCAACCAGCUUCAAUAAUCCUUCUUUGGAUUUCCUCCAAUUUUCACAGCCACUAGAAACUUCAGAAACCUCAAAAAAUGUUGCAAACAUGUUUGAGAACAAUGUUCACAAUUGUCAAAUCCAAGACAAUUUCUAUAUUGAUGAUACAAAUUCCUACGGUUUAGAAGGUUUAAGCUUUGAUCCAUUGUCUUCAAUGGAAAAUUAUGAUUUUUCACAGUUUGAUUUUCAAACUUCAGGGAAUGGAUGGAUGGUAGACAACAUGGCUAAUAGUAGUAAUUUGUGGAACAUGGAUGCUAUGUGACAGUUUACAAGAAAGUGUUACUAAAAGUUAAUACUAAUAAAAAUAGUUAUAAAGAUUCUAAGUGACUAAAUAGUCUCAUUGAUAGAGAUUAGUUUAGUGUAAGAUACUAAGGUUAAGGUUAAGGUUGUGAUUUAUAUUAUGAGUUUUUUUAUAGUAGCAUAUUUAAGAGUUGGAAAUUAAAAAUGUAAUAAUUUUCAU